CCGCCAUGUUGAAAGAGGGAGAGGCCACAGCCAGUUUAUGUCGUUCUUCGGAUUUUUUUUGUUUUUGAAUAGGAACGCGAAGACCUCAAGGAAGCAUUUGGAUCGACGCGUGUCUUAAAUUGAUUUGUUCCCUCCGAGAAAUCCCGGCGGUGCUAAAGAGGCAGGCGGAGGGGACGGCAACAAGAGGAUGGUGCAGUCCUGCUCUGCCUACCGUUGCCGGAAUCGAUACGACAAAGAGAAGCCCAUCUCUUUCCACAAGUUUCCUCUCACAAGGCCUGAUCUCUGCAAGAAAUGGGAAGCUGCUGUUAGAAGAAAAAAUUUCAAACCAACAAAAUAUAGCAGCAUUUGUUCUGAACACUUUACUCCAGAUUGCUUCAAAAGAGAAUGUAACAACAAACUAUUAAAGGACAAUGCAGUACCAACAAUAUUUUGCCACACAGAACCAAAUGUGAAGUCUGAAGGCACACAAGAGCCACCUGAAGUACCAACCCCCCCUUCUCCUUCACCUCCACCACCUCCGCAAACGUACCCAAGAUUGGUAGAUCCAAGCAUUGGAUUAUUGAUGCCACCACUUCACACUCCCAAUAAUAUUGCUGUAUUUUGUGAUCACAACUACACGGUAGAGGAUACGGUGCAUCAGAGAAAAAGAAUCCAGCAACUGGAAGAGCAGGUGGAUAAACUGAGGAAGAAACUUAAGACUGCACAGCAGCGAUGUAGGCGUCAGGAAAAACAGAUUGAAAAACUACGAGAGCUUGUUCAGUUUCAGAAGGAAAAAGACGUGCUGUCAGGCAAAGGUGGUUAUGUGAUUCUGCCUAAUGACUAUUUUGAAAUUGUAGAAGUCCCUGCCUAGAAGGCUAGCAUUGUCAUUUGUGGGACACUGCCAAAGUUAGCCUCAUCAGACUAACCCACCUUAUUCAGUUUAAAAAGCAAGACUUUUUAGUUCUGUAUAUUAAAUACUUCAGCCCUUCAAAACAAUAA